UGUAUGUUGUAAUUCAAAAUAAAAAAUAGUUUGCAUUUUCCCAAGAAUAUACAAUCACUAGUUUUCUCGACCACACCGAUAUUAUUAUUUCUUUAUUUGGUGUGCACCUUCUUGGUGACUCAUUGUGUUUUAGUGGCUGGAUAAAAGUGUAUAAACAAAAAAAUGUACCGAAUUUAUAAAAUUUCAUAGAAAUUUGUUUUAAUUUAAAAGGCUUCUUUAGCUUAACGUGUUACAACAACAUUAAAUCAUGGUGUGCUGCGCUGUCGCUAUGUGCAAAAACACAUCAACAAAAAUAUCUAAGAAUAAAGAUGGGAUUACAUUUCACAGAUUUCCUCGUGAUCCUGAUCGACGAUGCUUGUGGGAGAUAGCUGUGAACCGUGAGGAUGAAUGGUCAGCUUCAGCAUUUAGUGCAGUGUGUUCUGAACAUUUCGAUAUAAAGGAUUUCUACAUAACAGAGGGUGGGUUGCGCCGCCUAUCUAUAGAUGCUAUCCCGUGUAUAAAUAUUUCUGCUUGUCAAAUACCCAAGCCAACUUUUUCAAAUCUUCCAAUUGAUGUGAAGCCUUCGGACUCAGAUGAAGUCAUGAAAUUAAAAUUUAAAGUAAACAGACUUGAAAUUAUAGCUGAGAACAGAAAACGUAGAUUACAUAUGAUGUGGCAAGGCCGAAGGAGACUCAGGAAAAAACUUGAAAGAAUGAAGCGUAUAAUUAAGCAUCUUAUCAGAUAUAAGGAAGACAAGCUCUCGGAAAACAAGUAAAUAACAAGUAUAUGGAUGAGCCUUCUCUCUCUUUCUGAUUAUUCCUUUUACACAUGACACGGGAUGUACUCUUAUGGACAAAAGUUUAUGUUUUACUUUGUCUCUUAAAGGAGUUUGCAAAUUGUUUUUAAUACUUCUUAAUAUAUAUAGUUUUGUUUAAUUGCUAAAGAAAAAAAAAUACAGGAAAGGGAUAAUUAAAGAGACAUGGUGAUGUUUUUUAUAUAUAUUUAUAUUACCUAACUGUAUAAAUGUGUGUAAUGUAAAUAAAUAUUAAUUUAUUAUAAAAAAAAUCCUUCUUAAAAUAUUAAGAAAAAAUAUACUUAAAGGUUUUAUUUUGUACAUAAUUGUAUCAAUAGUUAUAUUACAACGUGAAGGACUUAACAAUGAACUGCAGUUCACCUCACCUCCCUAUUAUAAUGAAAUAGUUUCAUAGUUCACAUAAAAUUUUCAAUUUUCUACAGUGGUAACAAUUCCUCAACGAAAUCGAAAUCCAACGAAGACUGACUUUAUUGUAUCAUAUUACAAUGUGUAUUAUAAGUUCCUAAACUUUUAUAAUUGAAAUCUA